CAUUAAAACUUGUGCAGUGACUUUUAAAACCGUCUAUUGUGGAUGAAAAUUUUAAUGCUUUGAGUCACAAAAGGAUAAUCAGAUAGACAGACAGACAGACAGGCAGACUGACCGACGAUAGAGUUACAAGAUAUAAGAGAGGUUUGCAUAUAAAAUGAUGGAUCGAAUACCAUCAAUAUCGUUGACCGGAUUGUCAUUAUCUCAUCAUCCACUUUCAUCACUUCAAUCGCAAAAUCUCGCGACAUCAACGAACCCAUCAUCAGCUUCACUCAAUCAACAAGCGUUGAACUCUCUCAAUUUCCAUCAACAAAAUCACAGUCACAAUCAACUUAAUCAGAAUUUAAAUCAUUCGCUGAUAUCUUCAUCCAAUAACGUCACACAACAUCACCAACAUCAUCAUACUCAUCAACAGCAGAUUCAACAGCAACAAUCACAAUUGCAUUCAACAAAUUUACAUCAUCAUCAACAGCUCAAUGGAUUGCUCAACAAUGUCGGUGCAAAUGGUCUGCUUACCUCGUCAUCGUUGAUGAAAAAGCCACACGAUGAUCACAUUAAACGUCCAAUGAAUGCUUUUAUGGUAAAGUUUGGAGUCGAUUGCAACGAAGAAAAAUCGCUCAAGACAAUCCCAAAAUGCACAAUUCGGAAAUUUCGAAACGAUUGGUGUCUGAUGGAAUUGUUGAAAGCCCCAAGUCACAGUAUCAAUUUUGAUACGCCUAAUCGAGAUAAUCAAAGUAUUUACGACAAGAAAGUCUUACUUGGUCGUGGUGGAUAUGGAAUAGUCGUUCGCGCACAUUACAAAAAUCUCAACGUUGCUGUGAAAAUUUUAGAAAAAUCUAACUACAUCAAAUAUCAAUCGUUAAAAAAAGAAUCGAAUAUUUUAAACCUCAGUCACGAAAAUAUUAUCAAAAUAUUGAAAAUUGUUGAUUGUAAAACGUAUGGUGCAAUCAUCAUGGAAUUUCACGAAGGGAAAUGUCUUCAGUUCAUUCUUGAUCAUUAUCAAAUUGAUCUCAUCCAUCGUUUGAACAUAUUAAAAGACAUUUCGAGUGGAUUAAUGUUUUGUCAUGAAAAUAAAAUAAUUCAUGCAGACCUGAAGCCACAAAAUGUGAUGGUUGUAUUCGAUUCACCAAUUGUUGAUAAAAGUCGAGGAUUCUUGUGCAAACUCUUCGAUUUUGGCUGUUCUAUAACCAAAAAAAUAACUUCUGAUAAGGACUUAAUGGGAACAAUCCGUUACUGUGCUCCAGAAGUUUUACGUAACUUGGAAUCUGACUUUACAAUCGAUAUUUAUUCUUUCGCCAUAAUAAUGUGGCAAAUGAAAGCCAAUAAAAUUCCCUACGAUUGCAUUGUAGAGAAUGAAACAAUCAUCUGGAAUGUGGUGAAGAAUGAUAUGAGACCAGAUUCGAUUACUGUAAACUUUGUCAACAAAGCAUUCAAUGAUGUAACAAAACAGCAACACAGCAAAACUGAAUUAUCAUUUCAUCAAUUGAAAAAGGUGAUAAAUUCACCAUUAACACCAAAGUUCUUCAAAAGAAACAUUGAAAACGUACCUGAUGUUCUCAUCAAUAAACCUUUGAAAUUAUUGCAAAAUUUGUCAGAUGCUACAUUUGUCCCCAAAAAUCAAAGCUUAAAAAUCCAAAAACGUGUCUCGUCUCGGAAGAAACUUUUCGAUUCACAUCUUUCAUCACCAAAGCAGUUAAAGAAUGAAAUAAAAUCAAUCGAUGAUCGACAAAAUUUGUUCAUAGAUGAAAAACUUCAUCUGCGAUCGCCUGGAGCAAUCUUACUCGUCGAGAGAGCUGAAUGGAAGCUUUUGACGGAAGAUGAGAAGAGGCCGUUCAUUGAUGAAGCUAAGAGACUUCGGGCAAUGCACAUGAAAGAACAUCCCGAUUAUAAAUAUCGUCCACGUCGUAAGCCAAAAGCAUUGAGACGAGAUGGUUAUCCUUAUCCAAUGCCCUACCCAUCUGUGCCCGUUGACGCUUUAAGAGCUGGAAUUGCCCCUGCGAGUUAUUUCUCUACAGGUAAUCCGUACCAUGGACUGGGCAGUCAUCUUUCAUCUCAAACAAGCCCUCAGGCAACCCAACAGAUGGACGUAUCGAAGUUUGCACUUGAUCGUAAUGCUUAUUUGAACACAGCCGCUGCUAUUUAUGAAUCAACAAAGCAGCAAGUGUCAUCCAACUACAGUGCGUAUUUGGAUCCAUCUGUUCUCACCAAGGCAUAUUUUGAUUCAAAAAUGUAUUCCGAUCGUGCGACUGCAUCAAACUAUGCGUUUGAUAUUUCAAAAAUUUAUGGUAAUCAAGGUGGCAAUCAGCAAGAAAUGAAUCAAGAUCGCGACACAACGCCACAGCUUGAUGAUAAUAAAAAUAUAAAUGACGGUAGUCACAUGGAUUUUAAUGGAAAUGGUGCACAAAGUUACCAAUCAUUUAAUCAACAGCCCAUCAAAUUUGAAAGCGAACAAACUGUACAACAGACACCAACUGCUGGAGGUGGUGGGGGAGGAUAUGAGAAAAAUGCUAAAAGAAUCUUUUUUCUAGGAAUUCCUGUUUUAAAGACAGGCACAGGACCACAGACAAGACCAUUUUCUCGUUAUCAUCACAGUGACAACAUGAGAGAUUCCUAUGACACUUUAAGAAAUGGACUGUGA